GAGCGGGGCCUAACAUGAGCCAGGAGGUUUAACUCACCUGUAGAGCCCCUCCACCUGCCCACCUGCAGAGCCAGCUCACCGGUAUGUACCCCAACUCCCAGUCGGUCCGACACCCGGCCCAGACGCUGACCCUGAACAGUCAGUACUUCCCGCCUGCAUAUGACUUCACGGGUUUCCAGCAUCACGUCUCGGGGCUCGUUGACCCGUCCGCGAGCGCCUGGAACCCCGUUUACACCCCGCGCGAGGAGUUCCCGUUCGGCUUCCCGGGCUCGAGCCCCAGCGGCGGGCAGGUGGGCUUCACCUCCCCGGAGCUGAGCAGCGCGCCCCCCGCCGCCGGAGGAGGGUCACUGACCCCCUACAGCUUCCUGUCGGGACAGGACCCCUUCCCCUGCAGGAGGAGACCACCUGAGCCCCUCAGACACACAGUCUCAGCUUCAGGAGGGAAGACCCGAACGAAGGACAAGUACAGGGUGGUGUACACCGACCACCAACGGCAGGAGCUGGAGAAGGAGUUUCAGUGCAACCGCUACAUCACCAUGAGGAGGAAGUCGGAGCUGUCGAUGGCUCUCAGCCUCUCUGAGAGACAGGUGAAGAUCUGGUUUCAGAACAGAAGAGCCAAAGAGAGGAAGAUGAACAAGAAGAGGCUGCAACAAUCCCAGCAGGCCUCCACGACGACCCCCACCCCACCUGUGCUCAGCUUACACACCGACGCCCAUCUUCCCAGCAGCCCCGGCGCCAGCAGCCUCAUGCUGACGGACAUAAAAUCAGAGGAAUACUAAGUGGACUGAGACUGAAAUGUAAAUAGUAUUUUGUUUUAUAUGUUGACCAGAACAUGAAUAAUUAUUCACUUUAAAAAUGAACUAAUAAUGCUGCACUAUCUUUUUUUUAAUGCAAACUCCACACUGAUCAAAUGUAAAUAAGACACAUUUUUUGUACUAUAAUAGAAAAAAAAAGCUGCUUGUUUAUGUCUUCAUCAGAUUUAUGCAACACUGAAUAGAGAUUAGUAGGGCUGCCACAAACMAUUAUUUUUAUAAUCGA